CAGAUUGACACAUAAACACCCUAACCCCUUACUGUUAAAGUUUCAAAACAUUUAAUCGCGUGUGUUUGUUUUGAUAAAAUGACUCGCCGAUUGAUAUUUAUCGCUGCUAUUCUCUUCGUGGCAAGUUUGUUUCUGAUUAUUUCGUUCUAUCCAGAUUGGAACACAGAAGAAAGAGAACCAUAUUUUGGUGAAGAUAAAAGCAGGGGAGGAAGAAAGAAUCCCAAUGUGUUGGAAUUUGUAAAGGAACAAAAUGUUGAUGAUCAAAGAUCUGAAUCACUUAAACGAAUUGGAUUUGCAGAGAAAUAUGUCACUGUUGGGGGUGCAAAUGUUUAUGCUGUUUUCCCUGAAUUAAAAGGAAAAGUCUUGCUUUCAGUUCUGCUUCUGCACGGUGCUGCGUUUUCAUCAGAAACUUGGCAAAGAAUCGGAACGCUUCAAUUUUUAUUGAAACAAAACUAUUUCCCUAUUGCUGUUGAUUUACCUGGGCUUGGGAAAUCUUCUAAAACUCCCAUAACCGACAGAAAUGGGUUUUUGAGCAGUUUAAUAAAGACUCUUGGAAUUGAAAAACCUGUUGUUAUCAGCCCAUCUAUGAGUGGCAGAUAUUCCAUCCCGCAUUUCAUAUUACACCCUAAUGAAUUGAGCGGUUACGUCCCAAUUGCCCCCGUGAUGGAUUCUACAUUUUCCGAUCAAGAUUUCAAAAAAUCAAAUGUUUCAACUCUGAUCAUCUAUGGUGAGAACGACGUUGGCACGUUGGAGAAAAACAAAGUUUUGUCAGCAAUUCCAAACAGUAGAGUUGUGAUGAUACCAAAAGCAGGGCACCCAUGUUAUCUAGAUGAUACACCUUUGUUUCAUAAAACUCUGCUUGAUUUUCUAAGGUCAUUGAAGUAAAACUUGCAUUAAAGACUUGAGGUUAUUUAUUUAAGUUGAUUUCUUCAAAUGUAGAGACAAAUGUGAUGGAAUGAGAUGUCAGAUUUAACUGUUGAUUAACAGUACUGCAUGGAAAACACAGCACCUUGUUAUUCAACCGACUAAGCAAGAGGUCUUUGAACUUAAGCUAAAUCAGAACCUUUCAGAGCAUGUACAUUUCAUAAGGGUUAUACAAAUUAGAAACAACUUAAUCUAUAACUAAACAUUUUUCACGAGUAAAAAGCUGAGUGCUGUUUUGUAUGUCUUACCAAAGGGUGCGUUUCCAAAGGUUUAGGACCCAUUAAAUAUUGCUCAUAUAAGUUACUAUUUCAAUAUUUUUUGUAAGUAGUGAAUGGAUUGUAUUAUACUUCUACAUUAUGUAGUAAUACACUCUAUGUUCAAGCAGUCAUAUCUUCUAUGUAUUCACAUAUUGCUUUUUCGUGUUUGCAACCUAUUUUUGUUCUACAUUUUGUUUAACCUAUGUGUUGGGUGUUUAUACAAAUGAACAGAGCUUCCCAAUGUAUGUGUUAAGUUAGUUGCACAAUAUGUAACAUUUAUCGCAUAGUUAUCAUACAACCACACGACACUUAUCUGUAACCUGACGGUCUCUAUUUUUUUGUUACUUAUUGAGCACGCAUUGGUAUUGAUGUUUACACAUACACACAUAGACACAUACAUACAUAAUAUACCUAUUUAAUAUUUCUACACAACCACUUGCUCUUAUAUCAUUUUGCAUGCCUUUAUGUUGUUUAAUUUAUCCGACCGCCAGGUGGGGUUAAAGAGCGUAGUAAAACUUUAAUGUUUUCUUCAUUAUCAUGACUUGAUGUGCACUGUUUGAAUUUCAAUUAAAAAUCGAAAGAUAUGUUCA